AUGGCCCAAGAGUCAUUGACAGAAACCCCAGCUACUAUUCAAUCGGACCCAGAUCCACCACCUCUUUCAAGGACCCGCCUCAACGCUGAGGCACCAGCCUUUGUGCCCACUCCACGCCCAUCAGCUGAUCAGAAAAUUCUCAAUCAGGUGGAGUAUUAUUUCAGUGAUUUAAACUUAGCUACUACCGAUCAUUUGAUGAGGUUCAUCAACAAAGAUCCUCAUGGUUUUGUGCCAAUAUCUGUUGUUGCUUCUUUCAAGAAGAUUAAGUCCCUCAUAACCAGCCACUCCCAACUUGCAAAUGUUUUGAACAACUCAUCAAAACUUGUAGUUAGUGAAGAUGGAAAGAAAAUCAAACGCCACUAUUCCCCAACAGACUCUGAUAUUCAAGAGCUACAAUCUCGCAUUGUUAUAGCUGAAAACCUACCUGAGGAUCAUUGCCAUCAGAAUCUUUUGAAGGUGUUUUCUUCUGUUGGAAGUGUGAAGACUAUCCGUACCUGUCCACCUCAAAUCUCCAAUAAUGGGACUUCUUCUGCUUCAAGAUUGGGAAAAAUUGAUGGCAUACCUUUAUAUAACAAGUUGCAUGCAUUUGUUGAAUAUGAAUCUGUCGAGCUGGCUGAGAGAGCGGUCGCUGAACUAAACGAUGAGAGAAAUUGGCGGAGUGGCCUUCGGGUUCGUCUAAUGCUUAGACACUCGUCAAAACCUAGUCAAGGACGGGGAGGGAAGGGACUUGAUGUUGAAGUUAGCUGCGAGGGGGAUUAUGCUUCUGUGUCAGAGCCACAGGCAAUUGAGAAAGAAUUAGAGGAUGCUUCCUUUCCUGAUACUCUGGUGCAUGAACAUGUGCAGGGAGAAGAGGCUAGUUAUGAGAAAGAGAGCGGACAGAAGAAGGGGCGUAGUCGAGUGCGGGCUAAGGGACGUGGCCGAGUUCAUUGUCAUCAAAAUAAUCGUGUAAACCCUUCAAAUAAUUCAUUUUUUACUGAUCAAGGAGUUGCCAAGCAACCUCCGGGUCCCCGCAUGCCAGAUGGUACUAGAGGAUUUUCAAUGGGUAGAGGGAAGCCUGUAGCUGUUAAUAUAGCAUGA